CGGUUUUCAAAUCUAUCAUAAUUUUUCCCAGUUUUAUUUGCUGAUUUUGUUUUGCUUGGAUCUGUACUUUUCAGUUAUAGUAGUAGUCAAUAAUGGAAGACACAAAGGAGAACGAUGCUUACGAGGAGGAGCUUCUUGACUACGAAGAAGAUGAUGAAAAAGCCCCUGAUUCCAUCUCCGGCAAAAUUAAUGGCGAGUCCGCCAAGAAGGGUUACGUUGGCAUUCACAGUUCCGGAUUCAGAGACUUUCUGCUAAAGCCAGAGCUAUUGCGGGCUAUUGUGGAUUCAGGCUUUGAGCAUCCUUCUGAAGUGCAACAUGAAUGUAUUCCGCAAGCAAUUCUAGGCAUGGAUGUUCUUUGUCAAGCUAAAUCUGGAAUGGGCAAAACUGCUGUUUUUGUUCUUUCAACGCUGCAACAGAUUGAACCUGUUGCUGGUCAGGUUGCUGCCAUAGUUCUAUGUCACACAAGGGAAUUAGCUUAUCAGAUCUGUCAUGAAUUUGAGAGGUUCAGCACAUACUUGCCUGAUAUCAAGGUUGCUGUUUUCUAUGGUGGUGUCAAUAUCAAACUUCACAAGGAGCUUCUAAAGAAUGAAUGCCCUCAUAUAGUUGUUGGAACUCCUGGAAGAAUACUUGCAUUGGCUAGAGAUAAGGACCUGUCUUUGAGGAAUGUGAGGCAUUUUAUACUGGAUGAAUGUGACAAAAUGCUUGAAUCACUUGACAUGAGAAGAGAUGUGCAGGCAAUUUUCAAGACGACUCCUCAUGACAAGCAAGUAAUGAUGUUUUCAGCAACACUCAGCAAAGAGAUUCGCCCCAUUUGCAAGAAAUUUAUGCAAGAUCCAAUGGAAAUAUAUGUUGAUGAUGAGGCCAAGUUGACGCUUCAUGGACUUGUACAGCACUACAUCAAAUUGAGCGAACUGGAGAAGAACCGGAAGCUGAAUGACCUGCUGGAUGCGUUGGACUUCAAUCAAGUUGUUAUAUUUGUCAAGAGUGUAAGCAGAGCAGCAGAGCUGAAUAAAUUGCUUGUCGACUGCAAUUUUCCAUCUAUCUGCAUCCACUCUGGAAUGACUCAGGAAGAAAGAUUGACUCGCUAUAAGGGUUUCAAGGAGGGGCACAAGAGAAUUCUUGUGGCAACUGAUUUGGUUGGGAGGGGCAUUGACAUUGAAAGGGUCAACAUUGUUAUUAACUAUGACAUGCCAGAUUCUGCAGAUACUUACCUUCACAGAGUGGGUAGAGCUGGUAGGUUUGGAACUAAAGGCCUUGCCAUCACAUUUGUCUCCUCUGCAUCAGAUUCUGAUGUUCUUAAUCAGGUUCAGCAGAGGUUUGAAGUGGAUAUUAAAGAGCUUCCUGAGCAGAUUGAUACUUCCACAUACAUGCCAUCAUAGUGGAGUGAGGUCUUCAUGGAAAAUAUUCAGGUGAAGUUGCAUGAAGAUAAGUGAACUCACAAUAAGGCGGUUUCGAAAUUUGAUCCAAUUAAUUGGAAGAAUGGGUAGCUGCCUCUGUUUCAGCACUUUUAGAUUGAUGUACCUAUGGAAUCCAUACAUGUUUUAAUCAGUUCGAGAACUCCAAAUGUUAAUGUAAUCCUUUUAAGAACACAA